AUGGCUGCCAUUGGUAAGAUGACUGGCAAACUAAGGGUCAGACGCGGUGGGGAUGUUCACCAUGAUAACGUGACUUCCAAGAUCGUCUUGUUAAGCGUACAACAGACAGGUAAGAAAAAAAUCUUCUCAGGUCCAAAAAGUUGGGAAGACCAUGACGAAGACCAUGAUCCAGAUGAUUCAACAAAACUAGUCACAGCAUUUGGACACCGCGCGAAAUUGGACUCUUACAUUAGGUACCUCUAA